UCGAGCAAACCCCCCAACCAACCCACUCGAGGAGGAAGAACCCGUCCAAGAGGACGCUGAAGACCAAGAAGCUGAACCCGCUUCUAGUUCAUCGUUAAGCAGGUCCAGGUUUAGCGCAGAAGUCGACGAAGAAGAAGCGUUCAACCAGAAUGCGUACAUGCUAAAGGGCCCACACGUCGACUCGUUUAUUUCAGAGCAA